AUGGGAGCAAAUGUGCAACCAACAGCAAAAAAAUAUCCUGAAAACACAAAGGAACAACCCCAGGAAAAUCUUUUAGAAAACAAGUCAGACAAACAAGAACUAGGAAGAAGGACCAAAAACUUAAACACACAACCCCAGGAAGAAAAUUCAAGAAACAAAGCAGAUAAACAGGCAGAAGGAAUACAAAGUACUAAAAAUGGAACAGAAUUGCAAGAAAAAAUACAAGACAUACAGGAACACAAACUAGUAGCAGAAAAAGCAAAUACUGAAAAGGAACAGAGCAGGGAAAAGAUACCAGACUACAAGGCAGACAAACAGAUAGCUGGAAAUCUAGGUACUGAAAACACACUGACAAAACUUUGGAUAAAAAUACCAGAAAACAAGUCAAAUGGUCAAGUAGCUGGGAAAAAAAGGACUGGAAAUACUAAGGAACAAUCUCGUGGAAAGAUACCAGAAAACAAGGCUGACAAACUGAUAGCAGGAGAUCUAAGUACUGAAAACACACAGACAAAUCCUCAGACAAAAAUACCAGAAAACAAGUCAUAUGGUCAAGUAGCAGGAAGAAGAUGUUGUGAAAUGACACAAAACAGGGCAAACAAACAAGAAGCAGGGAGAAUAUGUACUGAAAAUACAAUGGAACAAAUCUGGGAAAAUAUACCAAAACAUGAUGCAAACCAUAAAGUAGCAGGGAAAAAAAGCACUGAAAACACAAAGACACCUACCAGGAAAACGAUACCAAAAAACAGAGCAGAUGUUCAAAUAGCAAGGAAAAAAAGCACUGAGAACACAAAAGCCCAACCUCUAAAAAAAAUAUCAGAAACCAAGGCAGAUUCAAUUCAUCAAGCUGAUGAAACAAAUAAACAUCAGGUUGUAGUUGCGAUUGAUUUUGGAACAGUCCAUUCGGGUUUUGCAUUCUCCUUCAAGGGCAAUGAGGAAAAAAUAAUCUCAGCCAAACAUGGAGGCAUAUUUCAAGAGGACAGAGUACCCACAAUAUUGCUUUUAAAUCCAAACAAAACAGUCCAUUCAUUUGGCUACAAUGCACAGACACAUUUCCAUAAGCUUUCAGAACUCAAGAGGUCAAAAUUUUACUACUUUGAAAAUUUUAAAAUGAAAAUAUACAAUGAAAGUAAAUUUAACAGAGAUAUGAAAAUUUGUGAUUUAAAUGGUAAGCCACUUCGUGCAAUGACUGUUUUUUCCAAAGCAAUAAAGCAUUUAAAAGAUGAAGCAACAAAUAUAGUCCAUCAAUUUAAAACUGGCCUGAAAGAAACAGACAUACAAUGGAUGAUAACAAUUCCUGCAAUAUCUUCUGAUUCUGUAAGACAAUUUAUGCGUGAGGCUUCUACUGAUGCAGGAAUCCCAGAAGCACAUCUGCAAAUUGUCCUUGAACCUGAGGCUGCUGCGUUAUACUGUAAAACCCAAAAAAUGUCAAAAGAGAUGUAUUGUGGGUUUAAAUACUUACUUGCUGAUCUAGGAGGUGGAACAUCAGACAUAUGUGUACAUAAAAUAUUAGAUGGUGGCAAAUUGCAAGAAAUGUACCGUGCAAAUGGAGAGGCUAAAGGUGGUAGUGAUGUUGAUGAAUGUUUUAUCAACAUGAUGGAAACAUUAGUAGGAAAAGAAGUGUGGAGCAAAUUCUCAUCAACCUCCUCAUCAGCCUAUGUAAGCCUUGUCAAUGAGUUUAGAUUAAAGAAGAAGGACUUUAAAUCAAACACAGCUGCAUUAAAACUGAAAAUGGAAAAUGCACUGGUGCAUCUGAUCCACAAAAAGGAUGGUAAGAGCUUCAAAGAUGUAAUAGAUAAGACAAAAUAUGCUGGAAAACUUAGAUAUGGUGCUGAUGCUAGACUGAUGAUCAGUGGAGAGAUAUUAGAAGAAGUUUUCAAGCCUUCAGUUGAUAAAAUCAUUGAUAAGUUAAAAGAUGCACUACAUCAUUGUUCUGAUAGUGAAAUCAAAACAAUACUUUUAGUUGGAGGUUACAGUGAAUCUCCAUAUGUAAGGGAGAGAAUUAAGUCAGAGUUCAGUACACUAAGAGUUAUCCUUGUAGAUGAUGCCAGACUGGCUGUGUUAAAUGGAGCAGUGGCGAUGGGCUGGAAUCCUAGAAAUAUCAUACAACGUAGGUCAAGGUACACAUAUGGAUAUUUAAUAAAUCAUUACUUCAGACAUGGAAAAGAUCUAAAUGAACUGAAGUUCAAAGUGGAUGGAAGAGCACGGUGUGGUAAGGUUUUCCAAAAGAUUAUAGAGAAAGGUCAGACUCUGGAAUCUGGACAAACUUUUAAUUUUGCAGGAGAUUGGACAGCUACUGAACAAGACAUGAAACAUAUUAUAAAGAAGGCUGAACUAUACAGAUCUACAGAAGAGACUCCUCAAUACUGUACGGAGGAGGAAGGGUGUAGUUUAGUAGGAAUGAUCAAAGCAAAGCCUCCACGUUUAGGAUGGCCUGAUGCCUUGAAAGUUAAUUACAGUGUUACUGUUGGAGAGACUGAGUUUACAGUGAAAGUUUUCAGCCCUGAAGCAAAAAUGGAGUAUAUAGCUCAAAUGGAUUUCCUGUGA